CACUGUCAAUUAGUGUUUCAUUGCUUUUCGCUUAUCCCAUAUAGUCGUAUGUCCUGUAUCUUAUUCCCGAAUUUGCAACAGACAGUCAGCUACAAGAUGCCACCACAGCUAGGUGUUGAGAUCUCUAACAGCUAUAUCGAGCAGAGAAAUGCUAGUGAACCGAAGAAUGGAAAUAAUCAAACAAUCAAGUUCGAUGAUGCCUUGGAGCUGAUUGGAUUCGGCCGGGCACAGAUAGAAAUUGUGGCGCUUUGUUCAGUGACUAUUAUGUCUACUAUUUGCGAAACUAUGGGCAUAAGUGUAAUACUUUCGGCAUCGAUGUGUGAUAUACCGAUGACUACCGGUAAUCGGGGGCUCGUUAGCGGAGCAACGUUCCUUGGUAUCGUAGUGUCGUCAUAUGCGUGGGGUUAUUUGUCGGAUACUCAAGGCCGGAAGAAAAUGAUGCAAUACGGGCUGUACGCGAGUGCAGUCCUUGCCGUACUUUCCAGUUUUGCGCCAAAUUUCGUUACAUUAUUGGUGCUACGUUUGAUUGCUGGCAUCUGCGUAUCAGCCCCGUCAGCAACAGUCUAUCCUUACUUGGGAGAAUUUUGCAGAGCUUCUAGCCGAGCGCAAAUGAUUUCCUUUUCCUCCGUAACGGCAAUGGCAACAAUGGCAUAUAUCGCAUUAUUAGGAUGGUGGAUUCUUUCCUACGACUUUGCACUAGAGAUGGCAACCAACUACUACUUCAAACCGUGGCGGUUGCUGUUUAUCGUGUAUACACUACCGGGACUGUUGGCGGCGGUGGCGUUCCAGUUCGUUCCGGAAAGUCCUAAAUUUUACCUUGCGGUUGGCAAAACGGAACGCGCACAAGAGGUUUUACAGUUUUGCUACUUGAAAAAUAGAAAAACCCUGUUGGGAUUCGCGGAAUACCAAUUGAGUCCUGAACCGGGAAACUCCGAUAAAAAAUUAGGACUGCUGGCCUCCAUCCGAUAUCAAACCGUACCGUUACUCAAAUGGCCAGUACUGUUAUAUUUCCUAGUCUGUUGCUUGCAGCAGAUGAGUGCUUUUGCAGCGUAUGGCGGCUUAGGUCUGUGGUACCCCGAGCUCAUGAACCAAGUAACUUCAUCCGAAAACGAUUUAUCAAUCUGCGCAGUAAUAAAGGGAUCUGGAUCGACGGCGACAAUCGAUACUGACGAGGUUUGCACCGGCUAUGUCAACGACGAAACUUUCAUCUACAUUCUAAUCAUGGCAGCAUUCGGGACGGCGUUUUCCAUCAUUAUUUCCAUUCUUCUUGGUUGGGUUAAUGAGAAGAUAAUGACUGUAGCAAACCUUCUGGUAGCAGCUGCAGCGGGAAUCGCUCUGCUUUUCACGUCCAAUCGCUACGUAAUGGUUGUACUGUUCUGCACCGAGGUUACUAUAGCCGGAUUUACGAUGGUGGUCAUCAACGUUACGGCCGUUUCAAUAUUUCCCACGCACGUGAGGGCCAUGGCCGUGUCGCUGAGCAUGAUGAUGGCACGUUUGAGCAGUUUUACAUUCAGCAGUGUUGUUGGACUGAUAAUAAAGGACCAGUGCGAGGCCACUUUUUAUAUGUUUUCGGGAAUUUUGAUAGUAGGUGCUUUGUUAGUAGUAUUUUUGCCAAGGAAAAAUUGAGAAGAAGGUCUAAAAGUGUUUCACUCACCUGUGAUAGGCUCAUGUAUGUUAAUAAAGAAUUUACCCAAAAUAUAAAAUUGUAUCUUGAU